AUGACCGAUCCAGCUCUUCUCGCCGAUACAAACGUCAUGACAAGUUCAAGUCCUACAAGAGCGACACUUUCGACCCUUCCGGUCGAGAUGCUAGAUAGGAUUUUCCGGCUCGUCGACAAUUCGGAUCUGAUCCAUCUGCGCUGCGUUAGCAGGUACAUCUCCACCAUUGCCAGCAGACCAUUCGCUAUCCGCAACUUCGGCAACAUGCGCCAUGUCGUCACUGAAGAGAGCAUGAAGACACUCCUCGCAAUCAGUGCGCAUGAAACAUUUGGCGCACAUAUCAAAAGCAUCAUACUCAGUCCUGUCCGUGCUAUUAGUGCUGUCCUCGAGCCCCUGGACUUCAGUAACAUCGAGGACGACGGCAUUGUGGUAGACAACUCCUUUAUCAAAUCUGGCAGGUUCAGCGACCUGAUGCAACAAGUCUUGUCCAACUUCAAGCAGCACUCUGAUUCGAUUGCCAUCGGUGUNAAAGAGGACUGUUGUCUGAGACACAGUCGUCGUGAUCAAUACUCCGUGGCACCGAAACAACAAAUAUUCCAUGGUGAAAGAGCCUUCUGUAAAGCUGCCGAACUCGGAACUGUUUUUGAAACGUCCGAAACACUCGAGCUCCUUUUUGCAGAGAUGCGCGCGGCUGCAAUCAACAUCAACAGACUUGAAAUCGAACUUGCUCGGGAUUCUUGCUAUAACGUGCGCGGUAAAACACAAAGGACGAUAAAAAAACUUCUCGAAUCACGCAACUCAUCCAUUGACCUCAAAAUUCGAUGGAAAUACCACGGCGUGCUGAAAUACAAGCACCUGCAGAGUUCUCUACGCUUCUCGGCAUCGUCCUUGCUCUUGGACCGCUUUGACUAUCGUGCUGAUGUUCUGCUCCUCGAUGACAUCGUCCAACAACUUACAGACAGGUCCGUUUGGGAGCUCUACCUCCGAGAACUCGACAAUGGUCGUCUCUCAUUCCUCAAUAUGUAUUUUAUACAAUCUCUCCGGACUGUCACACUUGCAGACAUAAACUUGAGCUCAGCUUACUUUGCAGAGGAUCUCUACAGCAAUAUGUUUGAGCGUCUCUCAAGAAUCCCAGAUUUGAGGCACUGCAAGCUCCACAGACUCCACUAUCUUUUGCAACAAGACACCUCCUGGAGCCCUCAUAUGAUGCAAACCCGAUCUGGAAGAUAUCCAUCCGAACGGGAAACUUUGCUUCUUGUCUUUCCUGAUGGCAAGUUCGAGUUUGAAAUCCAGGGUGCCGAUAUCUCGCAACAAUUGAAAGAUUUGGCCGCCUACACAGCUGCUGCAGAGAAGGAGAAGGUUCGAGAGACUGAAGCGGCCCGUCAGGUCAUCGACUCCAGGGUUGUAGGGGCUGGCGUGCCGAUUCUUGAGCAAGAGGAUCCCGAAUAUUCUUCAUUGGCCUUAGUCACCAGCUGA